AUGGGAAACUCUCAGAGUUCUCACAAGAUCUCCGCCCAGGACAGGGCGAUCCUGGACAUGAAGAACCAGCGCGACAAGCUGCGCCAAUAUCAAAAGCGAAUCACGGUGAUCACGAACCGAGAGACCGAGAUCGCAAAGGCGUGUCUAGCGAAAGGCGACAAACAGAAGGCGCUCCUCGCGCUGCGUCGGAAGAAAUACCAGGAAUCCCUGCUCUCCAAGACCGACGGGCAGCUGGAGCAGCUGGAGAAACUGACGAGUAGUGUCGAGUUUGCGUUGGUGCAGAAAGACGUACUGUUCGGCUUGCAGCAGGGGACACAGGUACUGAACAUGAUCCAUAAAGAAAUGGGCGGGUUGGAGGCCGUGGAGAAGUUGAUGGGCGAGACCGAGGACGCCAGGCGGUAUCAGCAGGAGAUCAGCGACGCGCUGGCCGGCCAGAUGUCGAACGAGGACGAAGACGAAGUAGAAGAUGAAUUGGAGGCAAUGGAAAGGGAGGUCGUCGGGCUGCCUGACGCGCCGAACAAGACAAUCGUAGGCGAGGGGACACUCCCGCAAGUUCCCAGGACGGAGCUCGAUCGGGAAGAAGAGAAGCUGCAGAAGCAAAAGGAGAGGGCGAGGCAGAGACGGGUGGCUUUGGAAGCUUCAUGA